AUGGCGUCUCGACAACGACUAUCGGGUGAAAAUUUUAACUAUUUGGAAUCUUACAUUUUGAUCUGGCUUGGUGAAAACGCUCAAUUUACAGAAACUAUGCUUAAAAUUCAACCCGAAGUGCAAUCCAUUAUAAAUUGCCACAAAGUAUUUCACGAUAUCAUAAAGUGUUUGUCUUUUAUUCAAGACAUAAAAGACGAAGAAAUCAUAAUAGUUGCUGACGAUCAGCUAGGUACGCAGCUUCUACGAUUGGUGAACGAAUCACAUCAAAUCAAUACUGUUUAUAUUUGCUAUACUGACAACAUUCCGACGGUAGAGGAGUCCACAGUGCAUGAACAUACAAAAAUAAUUGUGACACCAAUAGCUGAUUUGGCGAAAAAACUAAGUGUUGAUCAUCAAGUACGACAAAAUUAUGAAGAUUCAAUGGCGUACAGCUUUGUUAACAAAUCACAAAGUUCUAUUAAUCCAAAUACACCAAAUUGUUCGUUUAUGGUAUUUGAAUUGCUGAUAGACAUUAUCCUAUUAGCACAACACACAGCCGCUAUGACUGAUAUAAUUAAUCUGUGUGCAGAUGAAUACAAAGACAAUGAAAUAGAAAAACGUCGUAUCGACGAAUUUCGAGAAAAGUAUACACCUGCCACGUCGAUUCAUUGGUACACAAGAGACAGUUUUGUGUACAGAAUAUUGAACAAAGCACUACGCGUACAGAACAUUGAUGUUCUGGUCGCAUUUCGUUUCAUAAUCAAAGACAUUCAUGAGCAACUCUCGAAACUACAGCAAGCGCAAAAUGCCAAUUCUAUCAAAGUUUACCGUGGUCAGUGUAUAAAACGUGCGCAAGUGCAAGAGAUGGAAUCAAAUAUCGGCGGCAUUAUUUCCUUUCAUCAUUUCUUGUCGACGACGCUCAGACGCUCGAAAGCGUUGGAAUUUAUUCCGGGCUCGUUAGCAGAUCCCAACUUAGUCUAUGUUCUACUGGAAAUCGAGUGCGAUCAAAGUCCGUCACUCUCAGUGCUACCAAAACCAUUCGCGAAUGUGAGCAAACUUAGUUCUAUGUUAUCCGAGAGAGAAGUUUUAUUCGCACUUGGCUCGCGUUUUCAAAUUUGUACAGUCGAUUAUAACGAAAAAGAUCAGCACUAUGUCAUCAAACUACAGCUUGUUACUAAUGAUCUACCGUUAUCUUCAGUGGAGAACUCAUCUCCGGAGUUGGACGAGCUGGAAAAGCAUACCAGAAUGUACAAGAGCGUAUUAGAAAAAUUGUCCAGCACGGAAUCCGAUGUUAUGAUUUAUAUUGUUGCUGGUAAUGGAGCGUGUCAACAAAAGAAUUUCCCAUUGGCUUUAAGAUAUCUCCACAAAGCUAUAUUAAUACAUUGCUCUAUUCAGUCCAGGAACGAUAGACUUACGGAUUUGAUCCUGGCUUACAUUUGUAGGAUAUACUGCGAACAAGACGAAUGUGAUUUCUUGGGUAGAUUUGCCACAGAAACUUUUGCUGAUGACAAACGCUUGCGCCACGUAUUGAACAUUGCAAAAUCCUUAACUGACUGGCACUCUGUUUUAGAAUCUUAUGUUGAACUGUUAGAGCGAGAACGGAGAUAUGUUCCUCAUGGAUUUACACCUCUUUCUGCACUUGGUCGGUAUCGAUAUAUGGAAGAUAUGAGGCUUUAUGAUAGCCAGCGUGAGCUCACCAUUUUACAUUACCAGAAAAUACUAUCAAUUUAUGGAAAAUCUGGAAUGAUGGAUCAGAAAGUAUAUUAUCAGCUAAGGAAGAAGCUGGACGAAUUACUACGUCAAGAGCCAUAA